UGGCGGGGGAGUUGCUGUGUCCUCUCCUUCUCAGGCUGGGAGACCGGGGCUGCGAGGGGAUCUGCGGGAGGGGCGGAGCAGGUACACACAUGUUUGUAUGGGUGCCUGGCCCCCGCGGACUGGCUGAGCUCUAGGGAAGCCGGCUCGUCGCGGUGCGGAAAGGGAGGUUGGGGAAGCGUGAGAAUGUGAGCGCGGGCUCGCUGGGGAAGGGUGGGCGAAGGCGCCUGGGAGGCGGCGGCGACCCCGAGUCGAUAUAGGUAUAGAGAAGGGGUUUGUCUGAUCCUGGUGGUGGGGAAACGUAGUGUGGUGUGGGAUUGGCUGGAGCGACGCAGGAGAGGACAGGGUCGAAGUCUGCACACCUGGGGUGGGGUGGGGGGAGAGGAAAGGGAGUCCUCAGGAAACUGGAACUUGUUCUUCUCGGGCUGAGAAUAAGAGGAAUAAUGUCAGCUCCAGUUAGUUGGCGGGGCGGGGGGCAGGCAUAAAAAGGGAGAAAGGAUGGGAAGAUGAGGAAAGGGAGGUAGUAUGGACUAGGUUGGGCUCCCCAGAAGAUACUGGGUUGGAAUGAUUGCAGUCGGAAGAUACCAUUCUGAGAGUCGUGUGCAUUCAUUAAGAGUGGUGUAAGGAACUUGUAUUUCGGAGGUAGAGUGACGCAUGGGUACAGAGUAUGAGUGUAAUGUGUGUCCCGGAUAGGAGGAGGGUGACAAUUGGUACACAUUCUAGGAAGGGAAAGCUAACAGAAAUACUGGAAUUUACUACGUGAUGGCGAGAGCAUAUUGAAUGGAAAGGCAUCAGCAAUUGUGCAGCCAGAAAGGUUCUCCACAAGCAAAAUAAGAGCUUAGAGGAAAACAGAGACAAAAAUCCUGAUGGUGGAGAAAAGUAAGGUUGCUAAAGCCUGAAAUUAAUUGAGGAGUUGCUACUUCUUAGAAAAGAGGAAGGAAGACCUUACAGUGAGUCUUUUUUUGUCUUUUAGGAGCAGAAGUAAGAAAGGCAGGCCUUAUGGGGAGAUGUUUUAAAGAAAAAAUUGGUUUCAUAUCUUUUAGAGAAGAGAAUUUGACAGAGUAGAAGCCUGAAAUGAGGAGAAAUGUCGUUUUAGCUGGCUGUUGCUGUUGGGUGCUGUACAGUAGAACUGUCCCAUAAGGUUUUCUUUGCUGUAAUCUUUAAGGAAGCAGUUCGUCAGGUUUUUUUCUUUAGUGAAGUGAAAAUAUUGACGUGAGGCGAUCCCUGUAUGUACAUUGCAAGAGGAGGUAUGUAGUAAGUGAUACGUGACAGCGGCUACUCUACUUUUGAGAGUAUAGAGAAGAGGGAAUGAUAAGGUCUUAGAACUAUGGUUGAGUGCAAGAGUAACAGAGACAAGAUUCCCACAAUGACCAUAGGAAUGGUAUCUGUAUAUUGAGAUCUUUUUCUCCUGUAUUAUCCCUUUAAUAUUUAGCAUAUCAGAUAAACAUAAUAAGUACAACUAUGCCAAAGACCUAUGGUAGGUGCUGCAGGGAGAUAUGAAAACCAUUGGGACAGUCCUUAAUCUUAAGGAAUUUGCAGUUUGGUAUCUACUAGGUGAGUAAAUAAAUAACAGCACAGGCUAGAAUAUGGUAACUACCGUCAAAGAUACUAAGUCUUAUAAGAGUGCAAAGGCAGGAGAUUGCCUGAACAAUUGAGGAAAUCCAGAAAGGCUUCCUUUGUUCAUUUGCUUAGCUGUACACUCAUCAUUCAUCAGAUGUUUUGUUGAUCACCUAUAUGAGAAGAAUUGUACCAUCUGCUGAGAAUAGAAAAGUAAGAACCCCACCCUGCUCUUCACAGAGCUUAUAGUUUGUUAGGCUUCAAGGAAAAAAUGACACUUUUAAAAUGGACUUUGAGGGAUAAACAGUAUCCUGGCAGGUGUUGAUUGAGAAGAGGGGGUUCCAGAUGGAAGGAAACUGUAAGUAGAUGGGGUGGGUUGGUGUUCAGGAAAUAAUGAGUCCAGCUGGACAAGAAUGCAGGUUAAACUCUAAGCUGGAAAAGCUUAGAGUUUUAUAGAUUAUCAGGUUUGGCCCCUUCUUUUUACAGAUGAGGAAAGUAAAGCCCAAAGAACCUAAAAUUGCUGAGGACCAUAUGGCUUGAUAUGUGGGAGCUCUAUAGCUCAAACAUAGGUCUUCUAACUCCAAAUUAGCUAUGCUGUUCUGCAUGUCUGGGCUCAGUCAUUCUUUCAAGGAAUACUAUAUUUUAGGUUCAAAGGAUACAAUGGUGAACAAAAGUGACAAGUCUUUACUUUCAUUGGAGUGUAUAUUCUAGUAGAAGGAGGCAGUCAGUAAACGGACAGAUAAAUAUAUAUCAGACGCUGACAAGUACUAGGAAGAAAAAUAAAGUAGGGAUGUGCUGUUUUAUAUAGGCAGGGUUGUCAGGGAAAGUAUAUUUGAUAAAGUAACCAUAUUUUAGAGAAUUUUGAGUACUAUGAUUAGUAGUUUGUAGUUAAAAUGGGUGGGCAGUGGGAAAUCCAAGGUGAUUUGUUCAGAAGGGAGUUCACAUGUUCAUAGUUAUGUACUAGGAAGACCAAUCUGUGUAACAGUGGAAGGAGAGCUAGAAAUACUGUGGUAGUAGUAGUACUAGAAAGGUAUGAUGAAAGGCAGAUUGGAAGAGUGGUAUUUUAAUGGGAAACUCAGUUGGCUGUGAGAGCCUCUGGUGUUGAUAGACUUUAUUUUUUAUAAAUUGGUUUAUCCUUAGGUUGUAGAAUCAAUGGUAGACAACUUGAGAUGAAUUUAAUUCUUUGAAGAAGGGAGAAAAGAGUAAGAAUGAAUACAGUGUUUAACCUAUAUUUUCCAGCUACAAUUGAACAGGCAAAAUGGAGGAGGUGUGUUGUUGUUGUUAUAUGCUCUCAAGUUGAUUCUGACUCAUAGCGACCCUAUAGAACAGAGUAGAACAGCCCCAUAUGGUUUCCUAGGCUUCCUGGGCUAUAAUCUUUACAGAUCAUAAGGUCUUUUCUCCGGUGGAGCUGUUGGAUUCAAACCACCGGCGAUGUUUAGGUUAGCAGCUGAGCGUUUAACCAUUGUGCCACCAGGGCUCCUUGGAGGAGGUCUCUUAAGGGUGUUUGGGAGCCAGUCUUUUCUCAAUCUUGCUCAUAUGUACUAAGUAAAAAAAAAAAGUCUUAGGGCUGAUAGGAGUCUGGGACUGAAGUGGGGAGUGGAAUAAAGAGAGACUGUCACCAGCCCGAAUUUCCUUCCUCCUCCUUUAGGUGAUCAUUCCAUUUAAAGUCAGCUGUAGAGAGACUAGAGCAAGUUAUUUCUUCAGGGAAGUAUUAUGUUCAUUUUCUUUGCUUUGAUGAAAAUGGAACUGUUGGUUUUUAUAGACAGCUCAGGGAGGAUGCUGUAGAUAUUGCUGAAUGAGUGUACUUGGGGUUAUAGUGGUUAUUCUUCGUGACUGACUGUAGGAAGAGUUUUUGUUGCCUACCUUUGUCAGUAGUAAAAGACGAUGACUGGGCGGUUUUCAAACUGCAUAGCUACAGAUCCUCCCUUGUGUAGAUGAAAAUUAGUUUUGUCUCAGCUGAAUUUUAAUUUGCUAGAGUAAAUGAGCUGGGGUAUCUUGGCGUGGAAAUGGUGGGAUUGUAGGUAUGAGGAUAUGAGGUAGGAGGCCUCAGUAAGAUAAAGAAACAAACAUAAAGGGGACUGAAUGAAUCUCAACUUGUAGAAAAAGAGCAAAGAGGAGAACAAAUAGAACAAAGGUAAUAUUAUGGGUAAGAAAGGAUGAUGAAUUUUUUUUGUUAAAAGGAAAAUGUCUUGUUUUUUAUAAUAGCAGACACGAUUCCUAUCCAAAUGAAUAAAUUGAGAAGUAUUAUUUAAUGAGGAUAAAAAUAAUACUUUCUUACACUAUAUAAAAGAAGAAAUGGUCUUAGAUGUGAGAUUUCUAGACAUGGAAAUUUAAUACUCAUAUUGGAGAAAAAUUCAGAAUAUUUUUCUCUAUUAGUGAAGAGCUGAAUUCCACUGGCACACUUCUUUGUCGGAAACUUUGUUACCAUAAGUAGAAAUAAUAUAACAGCCACAGGGUUGUUUCCUAGGGCAGUAGAAAAGUGGUUGUCACUUAAAUGCUGAUUUAAAUAUCCAAUACAUUGUAAGAUAAAAUUUGUCACUGUGAAUCUUGGGACAAAAGAAGACAAAAGGGCCCUCCCCCUUUGUCUUUGAGGCCGUUAAAGUACCAAGUAGAACUUCAUCAUGGGACAGAGAAGUUAGUGGGAACGUUUGGUUGGAAUAUGUAUACUAAAUAGCAUAGACUCCAGGUUCUAGAAGAAUCUGGUAAUGUUUGGCUGUGUAUUCACUGUCUGGAAGCUUCAAGAAGUCCCGUAGCACAUGCUAACAUUAAUUCAUGUGAUCGACAAUGCCUUCUUCCCUUUGCCUGGUUCCUCUUCCUCGCCAAACACAAGAUUUAAAGUAGCUUUAGCCCCAGAAAAUCGACCAAACAUGACAUCACUGUAUAAAAUCAUUCGAAAUAAAUUAUUGUCUCUUGAGGCAUGUGAGACUGUUAUUUGUUAUAAUACUUUAUUUGUUAAAUAGUGUUUUACCUGCUUGCAUAUUGACUGGCUAAAUUAUUUUGGCAGUUAAUUUCUGCUUCCCUUGUGGUUUCAGUUGGAUUUAAAAUUUAUACUUCCUGUCCUAGCUUGUUUCAUUUCUUUGCUUUCUAACAGCUGCUAUGUUCUACCUUAGCGGUAGAUGAAACAAUUUUUUUUUUUAAUGGAUAUGUAAAGCAAGUUUCUUAUGAGGCAGUUUUGGAGAGGAGGGUGGUUCAGACUUUAAAAAGGCUAGUUCGCUUUGUACUGGAGGAAAAUUUUUUGCUAUCUCCAAAUACAUCUCUGACCCUGAAUAGCCUUUUAGAUUUUUGUUAUUGAUGGUAUGAAUGAAUGCCUGAAAGUUUAGAUAAGUUAGUUUAACUGAUCAAUCUUGUUCAGAAAAUAAAUUGCUAAGCAGACGUCUUACUGUUAUUGUUCAUCUGUAUGUGGGUAUGUUUGCGAUGGUCAUUACAUAUUGCCAUUUAAGUUUUGUAGUCCAGCUGUAUUUUAAUUUAGUAGUUGUGUUGUUGUGGCUAGAUUUUUCAGUGAUCUGGGAGAUUGUUAGGGCUAAUCAGCAGUUACAGGGAAAUACAGGGAUGGAGUUUUGGCAAAUGUCACUAAGUAAGUGAGAACUUAUAACCAGCUCCUUUCUUGUUAGCUUGUAAUGAAGUUGCUUAGGAAGGUUGCUUUUACUCUGCCUUAGACCCAAUUUUUAGUGGGUGGAGAGAGGAGGUGACUAUUCAUUGUUGAAGAAAACUUUAGGAAUCGUAGACAGAGUAAGUUCAGUACCCACCCCCCAUCUGCUUCGUUUAGAACAGGGCUUCUCAACUUUGGGUCUUGCUGACAUUUUGGGCCAGAUGAUUCUUUGUUGUAGGGAGCUGUCGUAUGCAUUGUAGGAUGUUUAGCAGUAACCCUGACCUCUUCCCACUAGAUACCAGUGUCAUUCCCACCUGUUUGUGACAGCCGAAAGUGUCUGCACACAUUGCCAAAUGUUCCCUGAGGUGCAGAUUCACUCCCAGUUGAGAACCAGUGAUUUAGAAAUGUAUAGGAAAGGUAUAUCAUAUAUGCACAGUGUAGGUUCAUUUUCUUGUUUUCUCCUCCUCCAAGCCACUGAUUAAUUCUUAUGCUUCUCUUAUCAGUUAUCUCUGAGGUAGGAAUAGGCUAGUUACCAUGUUUAGAGGAGUCCCUAGGUGGCACAAACUUCAUACCCAACUAGUAAAGCCCACCUUUAUACCCAGACUGCUAACUGAAAGGUUGGUUAGCAGUUUGAACUCACCCAGAGGUGCCUCAAAAGGCAUGCUUGGCAGUUUGUUCCCAAAAGGUCACAGCCAUGAAAACUCUGUGGAGCACAGUUCUGCUCUGCAACACAUGGGGUCAGCAUGAAUCGGAAUUGACUGAACAGCAUCUGGUAAAGCUGGUAAUCAUGUUUAGACUUUACCCAUAAACACUUGUACGUAUUUAAAAUAUUUUUUUGUUGUUGUUUUAUUUUACUGGCAGUUAUUGAAUACUUAACUAUGUGCAGAACACAAUCAUGGGGCUUUGCCAACGGGAAACUCAGAUACUAGGGAAAGACAUUUAAGUAACUAUAAUAGCAGGUGAGCUGAUAAGUGCUGUUGAUGGGAAAACAAUGGUACUGUGUGAGUAUAGGCAAGAAGAGAUUUAUUCCAUCAGAGCGGGAGGUGGGAUGAGGAGGGUUUUUUGGAGGAGUUGAGAUUUGAUCUGGGUCCUGAAAGAUGGCUGGGACUUUUAAACGUGAAUAUUGGACAUACUGACAUUCAGGCAGAAGGAAUAUCUCAUGGCUCCUUUAUUAUAAAUAAAUUUAAAAAUUUCAUUUCCGUUUAAUACAUGGCAUUUGUAUUUUGAUCAGACUUUUCUAAUUUGUUCUUAGAUAAAAUAGGUUUAUGGACAGAGAAGUAGAGAUGUGGAAGUGUUAGUGCUGCAGAUUUGAUGUCUGGUAUGGACCUUGAAAAGGCAAAGACAGGUUGGUCAGAAUGUCUUAAACCAUUCUACCUUAUGAGAAAUUGGAUGUUCUUGCAGAUAGUCAUUCUGGGAGAAAACGUUUCAUUUAAGUCCCAGAUGAGGACCGGAAACUUGAAAUCAGAGGAGCAUCUGAAAUCAAGUAAUAUUAGGCAGGCAGAAGUCCUGAAGGCUGACAUGACAGAUUCUAAGCUGGGUCCAGCUGAGGUCUGGACAUCCCGGCAGGCUCUGCAGGACCUGUACCAGAAAAUGCUAGUUACUGAUUUGGAAUACGCUUUAGACAAGAAAGUAGAACAGGAUCUCUGGAAUCAUGCCUUUAAGAAUCAGAUCACAACACUACAAGGCCAGGCAAAGAAUCGAGCAAAUCCGAAUCGGAGUGAAGUUCAGGCAAACCUUUCUCUGUUCCUAGAGGCAGCUAGUGGCUUCUAUACUCAGUUAUUACAAGAGCUGUGUACAGUGUUUAAUGUAGAUUUACCAUGCCGUGUGAAGUCUUCCCAGUUGGGAAUUAUCAGCAAUAAACAGACGCAUACCAGCGCCAUAGUGAAGCCACAGUCUAGCUCCUGUUCCUAUAUCUGCCAGCACUGCCUCGUCCACCUUGGAGACAUUGCUCGAUACAGAAACCAGACCAGCCAGGCAGAGUCCUACUAUAGGCAUGCAGCUCAGCUUGUCCCCUCCAAUGGUCAGCCUUACAAUCAGUUGGCUAUCUUAGCUUCUUCCAAAGGAGACCAUCUGACCACAAUUUUCUACUACUGCAGAAGUAUAGCUGUGAAGUUCCCUUUCCCAGCUGCCUCCACUAAUCUACAAAAAGCACUUUCUAAAGCACUGGAAAGCCGGGAUGAGGUGAAAACCAAAUGGGGUGUUUCUGACUUCAUCAAGGCCUUUAUUAAAUUCCACGGUCAUGUGUACCUGAGUAAGAGCUUGGAAAAAUUGAGCCCUCUUCGAGAGAAAUUGGAAGAACAGUUUAAGAGGCUGCUAUUCCAAAAAGCUUUCAACUCUCAGCAGUUAGUUCAUGUCACUGUCAUUAACCUGUUUCAACUUCAUCACCUUCGUGACUUUAGCAAUGAAACGGAACAACAUAGUUAUAGCCAAGAUGAGCAGCUGUGUUGGACACAGUUGCUGGCCCUCUUUAUGUCUUUUCUUGGCAUCCUGUGCAAGUGUCCUCUCCAGAACGGAUCUCAGGAGGAGUCCUACAAUGCCUACCCCCUUCCUGCAGUCAAAGUCUCCAUGGACUGGCUGAGACUCAGACCCAGGGUCUUUCAGGAAGCAGUGGUGGAUGAAAAACAGUACAUUUGGCCCUGGCUAAUUUCUCUUCUAAAUAGUUUCCAUCCCCAUGAAGAGGAUCUCUCAAGUACAAAUGCUACCCCACUUCCAGAAGAGUUUGAGUUACAAGGAUUCUUGGCUUUGAGACCUUCUUUCAGGAACUUGGAUUUUUCCAAAGGCCACCAGGGUAUUACAGGAGACAAAGAGGGUCAGCAAAGACGAAUACGGCAGCAGCGCUUGAUCUCUAUAGGCAAAUGGAUCGCCGAUAAUCAACCAAGGCUGAUUCAGUGUGAAAAUGAGGUAGGGAAAUUGUUGUUUAUCACAGAAAUCCCAGAGUUAAUACUGGAAGACCCUAGUGAAGCCAAAGAGAACCUCAUUCUGCAAGAAACAUCUAUAAUAGAGUCACUGUCUGCAGACGGGAGCCCAGGACUGAAAUCAGUGCUAUCAACGGGCCGAAAUCCAAGCAACAACUGUGACACAGGGGAGAAACCAGUGGUCACCUUCAAAGAGAACAUUAAGCCACGAGAAGUGAACAGAGACCAAGGAAGAAGUUUUCCUCCCAAAGAGGUGAGAAGGGACUAUAGCAAAGGAAUAACUGUAACUAAGAAUGAUGGAAAGAAGGACAACACCAAGAGGAAAACUGAAACCAAGAAAUGCACCUUAGAAAAGUUACAGGAAACAGGAAAGCAGAAUGUGGCAGUGCAGGUAAAAUCCCAGACAGAACUAAGAAAGACUCCAGUGUCUGAAGCCAGGAAAACACCUGUAACUCAAACCCCAAGUCAAGCAAGCAACUCCCAGUUCAUCCCCAUUCAUCACCCUGGAGCCUUUCCUCCCCUUCCCAGCCGGCCAGGGUUCCCGCCCCCAACAUAUGUUAUCCCCCCUCCUGUGGCAUUUUCUAUGGGCUCAGGUUAUACCUUCCCAGCUGGUGUUUCUGUCCCAGGAACCUUUCUUCAGCCUACAGCUCACUCUCCAGCAGGAAACCAGGUGCAAGCUGGGAAACAGUCCCACAUUCCUUACAGCCAGCAACGGCCCUCUGGACCGGGGCCAAUGAACCAGGGACCUCAACAAUCACAGCCACCUUCCCAGCAACCCCUUACAUCUUUACCAGCUCAGCCAACAGCACAGUCCACAAGCCAGUUGCAGGUUCAGGCUCUAGCUCAGCAACAGCAAUCCCCUACAAAAGCUGUGUCGGCUUUGGGGAAAAGCCCUCCUCACCACUCUGGAUUCCAGCAGUAUCAACAGGCAGAUGCCUCCAAACAACUAUGGAAUCCCCCUCAGGUUCAAGGCCCAUUAGGGAAAAUCAUGCCUGUGAAACAGCCCUACUACCUUCAGACCCAAGACCCCAUAAAACUGUUUGAGCCGUCAUUGCCACCUCCUGUAAUGCAGCAGCAGCCUCUAGAGAAAAAAAUGAAGCCUUUUCCCAUGGAGCCAUAUAACCAUAAUCCCUCAGAAGUCAAGGUCCCAGAAUUCUACUGGGAUUCUUCCUACAACAUGGCUGAUAACAGAGCUGUAAUGGCACAGCAAGCAAAUAUAGACCGCAGGGGCAAACGGUCACCAGGAGUCUUCCGUCCAGAACAGGAUCCUGUGCCCAGGAUGCCAUUUGAGGACCCCAAGAGCUCCCCUCUGCUUCCUCCGGACCUGUUAAAGAGUCUGGCUGCCUUGGAGGAAGAGGAAGAGCUGAUUUUUUCUAACCCUCCUGAUCUUUACCCAGCUUUGCUGGGGCCUCUCGCCUCUCUUCCUGGACGAAGCCUCUUUAAGUCCUUAUUGGAGAAGCCCUCGGAGCUCAUGUCACAUUCAUCCUCUUUCUUGUCCCUCACCGGAUUCUCUCUCAAUCAGGAAAGAUACCCAAAUAAUAGUGUGUUCAAUGAGGUAUAUGGGAAAAACCUGACAACCAACUCUAAAGCAGAACUCAAUCCCUCAAUGGUCCCCCAGGAAACAUCACUGUACUCGCUUUUUGAAGGGACUCCAUGGUCUCCAUCACUUCCUGCCAGUUCAGAUCAUUCAACACCAGCCAGCCAAUCUCCUCAUUCAUCCAAUCCAAGCAGUCUACCAAGCUCUCCUCCAACACACAACCAUAAUUCUGUUCCAUUUUCCAACUUUGGACCCAUUGGGACUCCAGAUAACAGGGAUAGGAGGAUUGCAGAUCGAUGGAAAACGGAUAAGCCAGCCAUGGGUGGGUUUGGCAUUGAUUAUCUCUCAGCAACAUCAUCCUCUGAGAGCAGUUGGCAUUCAGCCAGCACUCCAAGUGGCACCUGGGCAGGCCAUGGCCCCUCCAUGGAGGAUUCCUCUGCUGUCCUCAUGGAAAGUCUAAAGUCUAUCUGGUCCAGUUCCAUGAUGCAUCCUGGACCUUCCGCCCUGGAGCAGCUGCUAAUGCAGCAGAAGCAGAAACAGCAACGGGGACAAGGCAACAUGAACCCACCGCACUGAGGCCAAAGUGGCAACCCUGGGAAUGAAGGCUUCAUAAACCAUGGCAUGUUGGGCUUGUAGGACUGGCCCACACAGUCCCCUGCAGGUGGCAGCCCUCUUUUCUGUUCCUUGCUGUCAAGAGGGUGUAAGUGUUCCACCAGCCCGCUGAGUGUGCACGAAAUGUCCGCAGUGCAACAAAAAGAAAAAACCAUCAGGAACUCUCCGUCCCCCCGGGCCUUCUGGAGGGAGAGAGGAACUGCUGUUUGUCUCACUCAGUUACCUGAUAUCACCGCCUCUCACCUUCUCCAUUGUGCAUGUCCCCAGCCACAUGGGAAGUGAAAGCUGAGAAGGAAAGGCAGAUGAGAGAAGCCAAUGGGAACUUCUCAGUCCUUUUUUCCUCUUUGGGGAAUAAAAUAGGAAUCCAUUAAUGAUUGCUUUGCUGACUGAGAAUGUAGUUGAAAUUGUUCCUAAACAUCUUUUAUUAUUGUUAUUCCUCUCAGUAGUAAAAUGUCACACUGAAUUCUUCAAUACACAGAUGUGCUUCUAGUCAGUGUGCAGCAAGGAGAGCCCCGUUCACUGCUCCUGUGAGAGGUUGGUGGUGACAGGAUGGAGAAACUGACCUCUUUGGCCAUUGGAAGUGUUCCAUAAGGGAGAGUACAUGGCCUCACCUUCACUCCGAAGGUUCUGGUAGGCCCUCCCUGGCCUGGAGACCCAGCAGGGAAUGCCCUUCACUCUGUAGGUGCUCGAGCCCCAGUCGAGGAUGCAGUGUGGGUGGUGGUGCUGGGCUGGACGGACUAGCAGGUGACUGCUGUAGGAUUUUAAAUUAAUGUCUUUGAUUCCUGUACAUUUUACGGUAGCAUAGCAAGCUGUCUGACAGAAGGCAGGCUAGUCUGUCCAUUCAUGGCCUGACACAUUUUAAUAGGUAGAAGCUUUCAGUGUGGUUAUUUUUUGUUUGGUUGGUUUUUGUGCCCCACCUUACUUACCACCCACCUCCUCAUGCCCCUACCUCCAUUGCUUUUUUGCCCUACGCUGUAUGCUAGUAAUUGUUUGUAUUCCUCUUGUGUUCAACAUCUCACCAAGAAGCAACAGCGUGGGGUCCAGCAGGUGGGGCCCAAAGGACAGUCUGAAGAAGAAAGCAGCAGCGGAGUCUGCAUCGCCCACAGAGGGGCCAGGCCCCGCCCAGCUACAGUCUCCCAACCCCCAUUUUCAGAGUGACAUUCAAGGCGACAUGUGCAUGUCGUGCACGGAAGAAAACACAACGAAGUCCAUUUUGAAAAAGGCGAAAGAAAGGAAAAUAAACUUUCUAUUUGAUAUUUAUUAGGAGGAAAGAGGACUGAAUUUUCUUGUGUAGAAACAGAAGGACAGCACUUCUGUUAGUCAUUUCCUGGAAAAGUCAUAUUUUAAGGGGAAAUUAUGGAAAGGAUCUAAAUGUCCAGUUGCUGUGCUAGUGGUAGGGUUUGUUUUCUGGGAGGCUUCUUACGUCUGUGUGACUGGGGGGAGGUGUGCCCAUGUGUCCAUCCCCUCCUGGAGGGAGCGGGAUGGAUGAGUGUAUGCCGUUCGCUUGGGGCUUUAGAGCUAAAAAACAGCUGCAGAGCAAAGCACAUCCAGGAGCCCCUUUUGUCACUGGAGCCUGGGCAACCCCAGCAGUGAAGAGGGGUGAAAUGCUCAUUGCUCUUCAGAGUGGUUGGAGCCCCAUAUGCUUACAUUAAUGCUGUUUUAGUUUGACGUGGUGUUUGGGAUUUUUGGUUUUGUUUUGUUUUUUGUUUUUGAAAGAUCUGAAAAGGGUGAAGCGCCCCGCUCAGUGGCAGUAUGAAACCCUUUGUGCUUCUCUCCAGCCCCUUCCCUGUGUUGCCUUUCUCCUGUUCGCCCCUCAGAGCCUCCUCCCUACUGCCUCUACCCCGUCUAUGUGUUUGAGCUCUGCAUUCAGGCAGCUGCAACAUUCCAGUGUUUGAACUGUCACUGAUUCUUGCACCCUAGACAAGCUAACCAGGUUCACCAUCUCACUCCCAGUAGUGCCCGAGUCCCAUCCACAGCCCCAUUUCUGCAUGAGAAUUUGAUGUUUGGAAUGUUUUCUGACUCUUGGGGCGGGGUCCUCGCCUUAUCAUCCUCACUGUGGAGUAAAGAGGAUGGGGAGGAGAAUCUUCAUCAGAAACUGGUUUUGUGUAGUAAAUUUCUUUAUGUGGGGUUUUUCUUUCUCUUUCUU